CAUAUACAAAAUAUCAAAUAUAUAUAGAGCUUUCUUGUAAUCCUACAAUAUAGAUCCUCAAGCACAACAUAUUUGCUUGUGGUCUUUACAUAAAGGUAUUAUUCAAUCGACAUGGCUUCUGCAGUAGUGGGCCUGCCUUCUGGACAGGACGCAUCCCUUCAUGUCCAAAAAUCGUUCCCCGUUAAUUCAUCAGAAAAGCCCCAUCAUGUUCAGACCAUUCUUAAUUAUUACAAAGAUCCUGGCGAUGGCUCUCUUCCUUCGCCAUCCUACGUCGGCAGGCCAGAAACCUACAAUAACAAGCCUGUGGAACCUACCUCGGUCACUGUGACGGAUAUUAGCGGCCAUGAACUUGAUUACACUCUCGACAAGAACGGCUUUCAGAUCUACUAUCAUGAGAGUAAGGAAAAGGACUUUCUUGACGACGAGAAAAUCCAAAAGGAGUAUUAUCCCGAGACAGAACAGUUGUUGAAGGACGCGACCGGAGCUUCCCGCGUCUUCAUCUUUGAUCACACUAUCAGACGAGCUCCAAAAGAUACUCGCACUCCCGAGGCUCAACUCCGAGGUCCAGUACAGCGCGUGCACAUCGACCAGUCUUACGAAGCCAGCAAGAACCGUGUCACUCACCACCUCCCUGACGAAGCCGACGAGCUUCUCAAGGGUCGUUACCAGAUCAUCAAUGUCUGGCGCCCGAUAAAGACCAUCUACAAGGAUCCAUUGGCUGUCGCGGAUGCUCACACUGUCCCCGACAGCGACCUCGUCGGUGUCCCUCUGAUUUACCCCAAUCGAGCCGGAGAGACUUACACUGUGCGACCGAACCCAGCACACAAGUGGUACUACCGCUAUGGACAGACGCCGGAGAUGGUCACUCUGAUCAAGUGUUUUGAUUCCAAGACCGAUGGUCGAGCUCGAAGAGUGCCUCAUACCGCGUUUAUCAAUCCCGAAACUGAGGGAGCAGAUCCGCGUGAAAGUAUCGAGGUUAGAGCUCUUGUAUUCCAUCCCGAGGAUAGGGAUUAAAUUUGUAUUAUGUUGAUCUUCUAGUAUACGAGUUGGUAAUAGGGCAAUUUCACUCUUUAUUGAAUAGUCUAAUAGUCCCCAUGGUAGUAAAGUUCAUUUAUUCUUAAGGUUAUAGCACGAUCG